GGGUCUGAACGCGCAGCCUCCGGGUCUGCAGACAUGGCGUCCCACAGCAGCGACGAGUGGAAAACAAUAUGCGAUAAAUUCAACAACGCCCAAACCCUCACUGAUGUCGAAUCUAGAAAUGACCCAGAAAACGACCCAUUUCGGUCCAAGUACAAAGCCAGGGACCUCCUAAGAGAGAUACAAUGCUCGCUGAAGAGCUUUGAGGCCGGCGAGGGAGAGGAAGACAGCGGGGCGGAAGGCGGCGACCAGCGGCCGAGCGAGCAGCCUGUGGACGGCCUGUUGGAGGAUUUGUUCGAGCGGGGCCUCGACGGGGACUCGCCGGCCGGCCUGGCAACUGCAAGGCUCGCCGCGGUGGAGUAUUACCUGGGCGUGAACCAUGUUGACACAGAGGAGCUGGCAGCAGGACAAGAACAUCUAAUGAACUGCAUGAAACUACUGGAGAGAUGCCGAGUGACCACCGACAAUGUGUCGUUAUGCAUCCAUUUCCGGAACCAGUUGGGCAUCCUUUGGGCAGGCCGGGAUGAGACCGAGAAGGCACAGGAAUUCUUGGAAACAGCCGAAUCCAUCUAUCUGCGCUAUAUGAAGGAGGAUGGAAGUCCUCCUACUGAUCUGAAGGAAUAUUUUACAAACAAUGAGAAGAUGCUGACACACCAGGAACGAAGCAAAAAGUUUGAGCUAGCCUACACCCACACUAUGUAUUACCUCGCUCAGGUCUAUAAAAACCUUGGUCAAACUGAGCGCGCUGCCACCUACUGCCACAGUACCCUGCAAAGACAACUGCAAUUAAAUCAGUUCAGUCCAAUGGAGUGGGCUCUAAACGCCGCAACGCUGUCACAAUACUACAUUACAAAGGGGUGCUACAUGGAGGGCAGACACUGCCUCUCAGCAGCCACCGUUAUAUCAGCUUUGGCAGGAGACGCUCCCUCAGAGGCUGCUGCGCAGGAAAGUGAGAUAGAGAGCGAGCGACGCGAUCAGCUGCGACAAAAGAGAGCCGACAUAGCAAGAUGCUGGAUCAAAUACUGUCUCAACCUCCUUCAGGAUGCUAAGAAAGUGCUCCAGGAUAACAUCGGGGAGCUGGACACGGAUCUUCAGGAAGACCUGAAGAGGAAAAGGAGGCUUGAGGAGGAGGAGGAAGAGAAAAUCAGGAAGAGCGCGCUUAGGUUUGGCUCUGAGGACACGUUUGACUCAAUUGCCAGUCUGGAGGAGAAGGUGAGCUGCUUGCUCCCGGUGGACUUCACAGAAGCCAGAAAUGUAUUUCUGGUGGGACAAAACUACGUCACACAGGCUAAGGAGUACUUUCAGAUGGACGGCUUUGUGACGGACCACAUUGAGAUCCUGCAGGAUCACAGCGCUCUCUUCAGGGCUCUGGCCUUCUUUGAAGAAGACGUUGAGCGGCGCUGCAAGAUGCACAAACGACGUGUUGACAUGCUGGAGACCAUCUGCAUCGAGCUGAAUGCCCAGUACUACCUCAUGGUGCGCAGACAGCUAAUGUUUGAGUUGGCUGAGAUCUACAACGAAAUGAUGGACUUGAAACUGAUGCUGGCCAACAGACAAGCUGAUACACAGUCUUUGGACAACCACACCAUAAAGAAAUUCAACCACCUGUGCUCUGCGUCUGCUAAGUACUACCAGAUGUUUCUGGAUUCUCUGUGCUCUCCAGAUGGGAAGUUUCCCGAGCACCUAGAGGAGGAGGUGCUCAGACCAACCCUGAUGGCCCGCUUCAGGCUGGCCCGGCUGCACGGCCGCCUGAUCUGCUCUAUUCCCCUUACACAGCUGGACAACAUCAACAAGUCACUGGAAAACUACAAAUACGUUGUGCAGUACUGCGAAACCCACCCUGAUGCCGGCACCACCAUAGAGACGGAGCUGGAGUUGAGUAAGGAAAUGGCCGGCUUGCUUCCUCUCAAAAUCAACCGCAUCAAAGCAAGGAUGGCUGCUAAUUAACAAUUGAAUUCCUGCAAACAAUUUUAUGAAUUUGUCAUCGCUCCCUGUUUUGUGCCAUGUGUGCAUGCUAGGUGCUGUACAAUGUAAGGUCAAAUACACACUACUACACAUGUCCUGCUAUACGACAUUGCACACACCCUAAUGAAAUUUUAAAUAUAGCCUAAUCUGAUGCUUUGCACAUCAACCUUCACAGACACAAUAUAAUAUAACAUAUAAACUUGAUUCCUUGUGAUGUUCUGUUAACAGUGAUGUAAAUGUCCUCUCCAAUUCAGUGUUGGAUAAAACGGAACUGCACUUUUGCAUAUAGAUCCCAAUCCCUAUGUGAGAGAAGAACACAAAUAUCUUUCUCUUUUUUUGUGUAUUUCGCAAACUAUUCACAUUGCCGUGGCUUGCAUAUUAAUUAAUUAAGUAUUAGCGACAUUGUUAUUGCAAGAGCUAACGCCAUUGGCGUCUUGAUCACAGAGUGGUAACGUACUACUGCAUCAGAGUUGCAUCUGAGUUGGUAAAUUUUUAUGCUAAAUUAGGGGUGUCCAAACUUUUUGGCUUGGGGGCCACAUUGGGCUAAAAGAAUCGGGCUGGGGUCCGAAAGCCGACUACAUGUAGUGUGUGUGUGUGUAUGUAUAUAUGUAUGUAUAUAUAUAUAUCGAUGAUGGAGUCUCCCGUCGAUCCAACGGAUGAGUAGACAAAAACAGCUAUUUCCUUUUAGCGUGACUCCUCAUGUGGGAGCGAAGCCCUAUCCCUGGGACACACAGUCUUCCACAAAUACUGCAGGGAAUUUUGUCCAGUGUGGAGGUGAGAGGUCCACGUUUUCUGCGGUCUCUCUUGUCUUAUAGAUGGAGUCCGCCCUUGUCCGUUCGAAGCUCUGAGUGCCUCGGAUGAACUGGUGCCUCCACCUUUCCCUUUGUGCAGCUGUAUCCUCUCAGUUUGCUACAUCGAUGUUGCAGGCCCUGAGAUUGGCCUUCAGGGUGUCCUUGAAGCGGAGAAGGGGUCUUACUAGGCCACGCUGUCCCUCCUUUAGCUGACCGUAGAGCAGCAUCUUUGGUAUCCGACUAUCCGGCCUACGGAAAACAUGACCUGCCCACCGGAGCUGGGCUUUGAUGAUCAGGCUUUGAAUGCUGGGUAGACCACACUUCUGCAGGACCUCAAGGUUAGACACUUUGUCCUGCCACUUGAUGUUGCAUAUUGAGCGCAGACACCUCUGGUGGAACCGUUCCAGCUGAUUGAUGUGACGAUGGUACGUCGUCCAGGUUUCACAGCCGUAGAGCAGUGCACUCACCACUACUGCUCUGUAGAGAGCAGCUUUUGUGCAAAGCUUUAUGCCGUGGUUCUGCCACAACCUGUUUGUCAGUCAUCCAAAUGAUGAGCUGGCUUUGGAGAUGCGCAGUGAGAUCUCGUUGUCCAGAGAUGGUGCUUCCAAGGUAGCAGAACUUCUCUACGGUCUUGAAGUCGUACUGUCAAUGGUCACUAGUGGUGGAGGGAGCACAGCAGGUGAUGGGGGCGGUUGAAACAUGGCCACUGUCCUCCCCAGGCUUAUAGUCAGACCAAAGCGUCUACAGGAUACUGAAAAGCGGUUCACAAUGUGCUGGAUGUAAUCUGAAGUUGUAGCUGUCUAAGCACAGUCAUCAGCAAAGAGGAAUUCCCGCAGUAGAGCCUCAAACACUUUGGUCCUUGCCUGGAGUCUCCGCAAGUUGAAAAGCUUGCCACUGAAGCGGAACUGGAUGUAAACACUUGGGAUGAUGCUCGAAACUGGUUUUCCCGGUUGUUCGAUAAGAAAAGAACCGACUCCUCGGACUCAAAUCCCUUUUUAAGAACCGGUACCCGUUAUCGAGACCCUAUAGUAAAGAAAAAGAGUUGGUUCUUUAUUCGAAUCCCUGGGAAAUAAUCCUGUCCUGACAAGAAAUGCCCCGUGGGACAUCACAAGAAAUGACGUCACGUAGCUCAGUGAUUACGCGCAGAUGGGGAAAGCAGGAAAAAAAUGAACCGGAAAAAGCGCUCCAAGGCAUGGCUUCAUUUCACCAAAAAAAACGAGGAAGCGGCAAUAUGCAAUUAUUGCCAGGCUUCGCUCUCGUGUAAGGGGGGGAAGCACAACAAGCGUGUCGUGUCUUCGACACGUGUUGAAGCAGCGGCAGAGAUGACGAAGAACACCCCUCUUCUUCUGCCAGCUGCCCCAGUCCCAGCUACAGUGGCGGUGACGCCGGUGAGUAACUAACGUUAACUGUUGCCGGUUAAUUUCCAUAUCUGCUCACUUGUAGUAACAUUACCUCUUAUGUCAACCAGGACUGCAGUAAUGUUAGCUAGACUAACGUUACCUAAGCAUAGUCAGUGGCUAACGGUAACGUUAACGUGAGCCUUUUUGUAUGUGUUUGAUAACGUUAACGUUAUGUUGUAGCCUACACCACGACAGAGUUUGUAAGUCUGUCUAAUAAACUAGUGCUUUCUUUAUUUCUUUAGUUUAUUUGGAACAUGAACACACUUACAGUAUAAUACAUCACAGUUUCAUAUCAUUUCACUUUACAGGAGAAAGAAGAAGUAAAGCUUAUUUAAUCCUACCCCUUUCCCACUUCAUAGCGUUUACAAAUAUAUACAUCAUUUACUGACCUUUUUAUAUUAAAAUAUCUGUGAAUUAGUAUAUACAACAGUUUUGUAAUAUGUAAUUAAUUAAUUCAGUCAUUAUUAAUAUACUGAAAUGAAGAAUAUCUUAUUUUCAAUAAGUUUGAAAGUAUUUGUCAUAAUUCUUCUUCUUUGUACUUUGUAAGCACUAUUCAUUUGAACAACCUCUUAAACUGGAUCAUAUCAGUAUAAUGUUUAACUUCUUUACUUAAUCCAUUCCAUCAUUUAAUUCCACAUCAUUUUAGCUGUUUGCAAUUUUACCAAAUCAUCGAACUUUAAUAUUUUUGACUCAAUAAAUAAAGUGUUUGUAUGUUCUCUAUAUCCAACAUUAUGUAUCAGUCUAAUUUUUUUUUUUUUGUAACACGGUUAACGAAUGUAGCUCAUAUUUGUAGUUAUUUCCCCACAUUUCUGCACAAUAACUCAGAUAUGGUCAUACUAUAGUAACGAGCAGUAGAGAAUGUGAAGUGAUUUGUUAAACCAAAUAUUGUGUUUUUUUCCAUAUACAACAACCUAUCAGGACUCAAUAAGAGAAUCGAUAAGGAAUCGAUUCGAUAAGAGGAUUUGAUAAUAGGCUCAAACUCGAUAAUUUCUUAUCAAACAUCAUCCCUAGUAAACACCUAUGUCACAGUCUGUGAAAGCAUCCAGCAGCAUUGCAGAGAACAAGAUGGAGAAGAGGGUUGGCGCCAGAAAACAUCCUUGCUUCACUCCAUUCCUAACAGGAAAUGGCUCAGAUGCAUCACCAUUGUAUUGGACCCUGGCUUGCAUCCCGUCAUGGAAGGACGCAAUGAGUUAUAUCAGCUUCUCUGGGCAACCCAACUUGCCAAGAAUCUGCCAGAGGCCCUCACGAUUGACUGUCAAAGGCCUUGGUGAGGUCAACAAACACCAUAAAGAGACCCUUGUUCUGCUCUCUGCACUUUUCUUGCAGUUGUCUGAUGGAAAAGAUCAUAUCACAGUUACCUCUGUAUGCGUGGAAACCACAUUGGGAUUCAGGGACAACAUUCUCAGCAACAUGAUUGAUGAGUCGGUUGAGGAUGAUUCUCGCCAGGAUCUUUCCUGCGAUGCUCAGGAGGGCAAUACCGCGAUGGUUAUCGCAGGAUGCCCUGUCCCCUUUCCUCUUGUAGACAUGCACUAUUGAUGCAUCCUUGAAGUCUUGAGGGACAUCACCCUUCCUCCAGAUGACCUGGUACAGGGACGUUAGCUUCUCUACUCGUGCCAUGCCUCCAUUCAUGUAGAUGUCUGCGGGCAGCCCUUCGCCUCCUGGUGCCUUUCCAGAAGUGGUCUGUUGGAGUGCUUUCACUGUCUCAGCACUGGUGUGGUGUGGGGGGGGGGAGGGUCAGCCAGCUCAGCUUUCAUUCGCAGCUGGGGAAUUGUGGCAAUUGCGUCUUCAGAAAUUGAGGAAUCUCUAAGAGCUCCUUGAAGUGCUCUGCCCAGCGUGCUAGGAUGUCAAUUUUGUCAGUGAGCAGGACUGCCCUGUCAGAGGAACGGACUGAAGCUGAACCAGUGGUUUUGGGCCCAUAAACAGCAAGCAGGUCUGCAUGGAAAGACCCAAAGUCCAUGGUGUCAGCAGCAAGCUGAAUAUCUUCUGCAAUUUUAUCCCACCAGUUGUUCUCCAUCUGCCGAGUCCUACGCUGCAGCUUUUGCUUGUUUGUUGGUAUCGCUGCUGCUUCUGGCUGCAAGCCUUAUCAUCAAUAUGUUGUUUGUGGGCUUCAUGGAGCCUGUUGAUGAGGAUGUUGAUCUCUGGGUCAUUCUCGUCAAACCAGUCAGGUGCCAUUAACAGGAUACCUGCAUGUCUUACCAGCACAAACAUGGUUUUAUGUGUCGAGCGGUCCUGCAGUCCUUUCGCCACCCUCUCGCCUUCAGAGGGUCAUUGCCAAACAGGUGCAGAUACUGCCACAUGUAGGGCGGCCCAAGAAGGUGCAGCUUUCUUGUUCGGAGUGUGCAUCUCCUAGCCUUUUCCUAAAGAAGCAUAGCCUACAAGGCAGCAGGAGGAUUUGCUAUAGCCUGUUCCUGAAGAGGACUGACCUGCCAGGCCACAGGUGGUUUGGAAUCAGAGUUUCCCUCUCCUAUCCGAUGUGUUGGCUAGACUCGGUAUCACCGGACGUACCAUACAGGCAUGCAGGAGGCCCAGGUCUGUCAGUAGGGGCAUUUCCUUAUCCAAAGGGCCCUUGCUGAGGUAAGGUUCUGCCUCUCUGUAGCCUGGGGUUGCAGUUUAACGUCUUACCCAGGAAUAUAUAUAUAUAUAUAUAUAUAUAUAUAUAUAUAUAUAUAUAUAUAUAUAUAUAUAUAUAUACUCACACACACAAUGUAGAUAAUAUAUGUAAUGUAAAACAUCAAAAUUAAAUUUGAUAUCGAAAUCACCACAUAACUUCAGUUUUUUAAAAUGUAUUUCAACCCAGUAUGCUGUCUUAUUCAGAGUGCCUGUGUGCUCAAGUUGACAGAGCUGUUUUUAAACGUAAUCAGCAAGUCUGCAUAUCAAUUUCAUACCAAAUUGAAGAGGAGAGUUAUCCAAACAUGUAAGAAUACAGUACAAUCUGCGAUAAAGCCAUGUUUUUGGGAGUAAUUGCUAAUACGCUGUCCAAUUGAUGCAGGCGAGUGCGCACACGCACACAAAUACAACGCUUUUUUUUGCCACACAGCUAAGCAUUGAUUGUGACGUAACAAAAAUUAUUUGUACAAAAAAAUUUCGGUUUUAUAUUAUUAGGAAAUGAUCAGACAUACAGCUAUAGCUAACUGACUGAACAACAACACAUAACUGUUAACCCCCCCACAACAGACCCUGACGACACUUCAAUAUGAAGUGUAAAGGAUAAAACAUUAAAUAUUAAGAGUAUGUUAAAAUUUAACUCGUAUCUUGUUUACUUCCGUGCCGACCUCCUUUGUAGUCAAUCAGAAAUAUCAAGCAGCUAAAAUGAGCCAAACAUUUAUAAGUGUGGAGAGUGUGUUUUGCAUUUUCCCAUCGUGCAUUGUAGUGGAUUUAAAGGGGUUUAAUUUAAAAUUAUGUAUUGUGGUUGGAUGAUUUUCAGUGAGCAGGUUGUGAUAUGCGUGAGCAUGUUUGUUCAGAUUUUGUGUUGGUUGCAGUUCAUUUGAGCCAUGAGCAGUAAGUGUUGUAUGGAUGGGCUCAUAUAAUUAAUUCUGUGCUCACUUACCGCAAUUAUAAAAAUAGACCACAAGAUGGCGGAAAAUUCGCAACCAGUAGGCUGACAGAUAUUUAAAGUUCAGCUGGAAACACCCUGCUGGCCAGACUCCGUAUUAAACUUGUGAUGUCUCGCGUGCCAGACUGAAGUCGCAGGCCGUAAUUUGGACACCACUGUGCCAGAUUAUAAAUCAUGCCUCUCACUUGUAUAGUUGAAGGUUGUGGCCAUAAGCCGAAAAGUUGGUCAAUUUUGCAAUUCAAUUUAUACUUAGAGACCUCGCUAGAUAGAUGCGACAAGAUGCUCAUUUGGUCCUACUUUUUUUUCUUUUAACCUACAUUAGGAUUGUGAUUAAUCUAAACUGGGAACACAAGUCUUGAAUGGAAAAUAUUUCAAAUCCCCAUUACCUGCAUUGUUAGCAUUUAUUUACAAUUGAGAAUGCUUAAAGAGAAAGACAUGUGUGUUCUUGUCUCACGUAAGGAUUGUGAAUGAUGUGUAAAAUUCCCCAAAAAGUGCAGAUCCCCUUUAAGCGAUGUAAUGUCUGAAACAUCUCAGUGAGAUGUCAUUUAAGAAAAGGCCUUCCUACAUUUUGCCUCUCUGAACGUGUUCAUGUGAUGAUGUCGAGAUAAUGUUUGUGUAGAUACUGUAUGUGCAAUAAUUAAAUAUUUCUUCAAAGAG